AUGAAGAUUAUUUCCCCUUUCCUACAAUCCGAUCCCACACAAAGACUCAUCUUCUUCGAUUUCCCCUGCUCAAUCCUCCAUUUCCAUCAAAACAUUCUCCCCUCCUUGAAAGUUUCUCUUUCCCUCACUCUCACACACUUCCUCCCAAUCGCCGGAAACGUAGUCCUCCCGUUGAACUCCGGUACUCCCGCCAUCCGCUGCGCCUCCGGCGACUCUGUUUCUCUAAUUAUAGCUCAAUCCGAUCAAAAUCUUCACUAUCUCACUUCACACAAUCAACGAAUCGCUGAUCACUUCUACGAAUGCGUCCCCGAGCUCCCGCUUGCAACUCGAUUUGUCGACUCCGUCGUCUUCCCCGUGAUCGCUCUUCAGAUCACGCUGUUUGCAGGCCAGGGAAUCUGCAUCGGCAUCACCAAUCAUCACGCCGUCGCCGAUGGGAGCAGCAUCGUUAAUUUUGUUAAGUCGUGGGGCUGUGCCAAUAGAUCUGGAGACGGUGAAGCAUUUCAUCAAGCAGUUGGUAGGCAUUUUCCGGUUUUCGACCGUAAUUUGGUUGAAGAUCACGGAAAAUUAGAUUCAAUCACUUAG